AUGAGUUUUGAGAACUUCAUAUCAUCAACGGUUGAAGUUCAACUCUCAACUACGAUUGAAGUUGAAGUCUUAACUACGAUUGAAGUUGAAGUCUUAACUACGAUUGAAGUUGAAGUCUUAACUACGAUUGAAGUUGAAGUCUUAACUACGAUUGAAGUUGAAGUCUUAACUACGAUUGAAGUUGAAGUCUUAACUACGAUUGAAGUUGAAGUCUUAACUACGAUUGAAGUUGAAGUCUUAACUACGAUUGAAGUUGAAGUCUUAACUACGAUUGAAGUUGAAGUCUUAACUACGAUUGAAGUUGAAGUCUUAACUACGAUUGAAGUUGAAGUCUUAACUACGAUUGAAGUUGAAGUCUUAACUACGAUUGAAGUUGAAGUCUUAACUACGAUUGAAGUUGAAGUCUUAACUACGGUUGAAGUUGAAGUCUUAACUACGAUUGAAGUUGAAGUCUUAACUACGAUUGAAGUUGAAGUCUUAACUACGAUUGAAGUUGAAGUCUUAACUACGAUUGAAGUUGAAGUCUUAACUACGAUUGAAGUUGAAGUCUUAACUACGAUUGAAGUUGAAGUCUUAACUACGAUUGAAGUUGAACUCUUAAUUACGAUUAAAGUUGAACUCUUAAUUACGAUUAAAGUUGAACUCUUAAUUACGAUUAAAGUUGAACUCUUAAUUACGAUUAAAGUUGAACUCUUAAUUACGAUUGAAGAACUCAUCGCUGGUGGCUGA